AUGUCGCCUGUGUCAGAGUACGGCUUUCAUCAUCCAGCCCAGCGUCCUCUUGGACCGCCACCCACACAUACCCAUGAACUUGACUAUGGUCACUACCCAAUCUUCCGGCCCCCAGCAGCAAAUCCAGGCGACCAUGACUUUGUCUGCGACUACAGUGCAAUGGAGGGCUGGUUCCCUUGCUCGAUACCCGAGAACAGAGAAUGCUGGCUUCGAAACAAAGAGGGCCAAGAGUUCAACAUUCAUACCAACUAUGAAAAGUUUGCUCCGAUCGGCAUUACUCGACACUAUACCUUGAACAUCACCGAUGGGGCAUUCAAUGCUGACGGUCAGCCCUUCAAGACAGCGAAGCUGUUCAAUGAGUCCUAUCCUGGUCCCUGGCUUGAAGCGUGUUGGGGAGAUACUGUCAACAUCACCGUGAUAAACAACAUGAGCGAAAAUGGCACCAGCAUCCACUGGCACGGGAUUCGACAGAACCAGACGAUGGAUAUGGACGGUGUCAAUGGCAUCACCCAAUGUCCCAUUGCACCUGGCCAGAACUUCACAUACAGCUUCAAGACAACGCAGUAUGGAACCUCUUGGUAUCAUAGCCACUACUCUGUACAGUAUGCAGAUGGUUUACAAGGUCCACUGACGAUUCAUGGCCCAUCAUCUGCUCCCUUUGACGCUUCCAAGCGCCCGUUGCUUAUGACUGAUUGGUCUCAUAACAGCGCCUUUCAGCUUCUGUUCAACCGUAAUUGGGGAAACAAGACUAUCCUCCUAAACGGUGCAGGAAACGUUUCUCACUACGGGUACACCCCCACCCUCAAAGUUCCUGACAAUUACGUCUUGCAUUUUAACAAGACACCCACCGACAAGCCCACACGGCCAAAGAGAUACCUCCUCCGCUUGAUCAACACCUCUUUCGACUCGACUUUUGUCUUUUCCAUUGACAAUCAUUGGCUUCAGAUCGUAUCAGCUGACUUUGUGCCCAUCGAACCAUACUACAACACGUCCGUCUUGAUUGGCAUCGGUCAGCGAUACAAUGUCAUUGUAGAGGCCAACCCCCUUGCUGGUGAUGAUAACCCCAUCCCAGAAGACGGCAACUUCUGGAUCAGGACCUGGAUUGCGGAUAAUUGCGGUAUACAACCAGGAGGCGCAGGCUAUGAAGAGACUGGUAUCCUCCGAUACGACAACACGAGCACGUCAGACCCAACAUCGCGGCCUUGGACGAGAAUCAGCAAGGCCUGUUCGGACGAGACAUACUCUUCGCUGAGGCCCAAGAUACCGUGGUAUGUCGGCCCUGCAGCUAACGCUAAGAAAGCGGACGACCUUGCUGGUGAGCAGUUCAAUGUCACUUUUGACAGAACCGCAGGUACGAGGCCAGAGUUUGUGGACUAUCCUUUGGCUCUUUUUUCGAUGCAAGAAUCCGCCGACCCGGAUUUCAGACCGCUUCAGAUCAACUAUUCUGAUCCGGUCAUGAUGCAUCUUGACUCACAUGUCAACACCUUCCCCCGCAAGUGGGUGGUGAUUCCUGAAGACUACACCGAGGAGCAAUGGGUCUAUCUUGUCUUGACAAUGGAGGACAGUAGCAUCGCUACAAGAGCUCACCCGAUUCAUCUCCAUGGGCAUGAUUUUGCUCUUCUGCAGCAAGAGGAAAAUCAAGAGUAUCAUCCCAGCAGGCUCAAUCUCACCCUCGACAACCCUCCCCGCCGAGACGUGGUGCUCCUACCCACUGGCGGCUUCGUUGUCAUCGCCUUCAAGGCCGACAACCCUGGAAGCUGGCUCAUGCAUUGUCACAUAGCCCGACAUGCAUCCGAGGGUUUGGCGUUGCAAAUUCUGGAGCGUCAGAGUGAUGCCAAUAAGCUUUUCCCGUGGGACUCUCCCAACAUGAUUGAGGCGAAUAGGGUUUGUGAUGAUUGGAAGAGUUGGCAUGAGGAACAUGAAGACCUUUUCGAGGGUGACUCGGGUAUUUAA